AUGGCGUAUCGAUUCAACUGCUUUACCGCCAAUCCAGGUGGGCUCUACCCAGAGGACGUGUUCGGCAUACUUGCCGGGCCCUCUCAAGACAACUCGGGUAAUCGACAACCUGCUGAGCUCGACAAAGGCAACUCGAAUGAUCCGCCUAUUGCACAAUACAAUCCACCUUUUCUCCCAUCUUUUCGCCCAACUGCUUCUCUACCGCCUAUUCCUUCAUUUAUUCUUAGAGACCAGCAAAUCAAGCCAGACGAGUGGGAGAUGAUGGCACGCCGAUUCGCAAUUCCCGGCCAGCCUGUGCGCAGCCCUCCGGCAUAUCACUUUCCUCCUCCGGACGCUCCAUGCUGGAAUCGUAACCCAACACCUGCAGCCCAGCACCAACUUAGCAACAAUACUCGGGGUGGGCAGCAAGAACAUGAGCCGUUCACUUGGACCGUCGGUGGCAGUGGUGAAAAUUGGCAAAUACACCCGGGAUUAGUCGAAUUGCGUAAAAUGGCGCGGCGCGAAGGUCUCUACCCUGGCGAUUGGAUAACUGCUGCGAAGGAGAUCAUGGUACUCCAAAGUCAGGUCAAAGAUGGUAUCAUCCGCGGAGUUCCAGUUGUGCCUGAAAUAAGAGAGCAAACGCUUGACCGGUUACAAAAACUAAGGAGCGCUUCGAGGAAAGAAAUCGCCAACUUCAAUGCCGCGAUCGAUAAGAUUGUGGACGACGCCAAGGCGGCUCACGCUGCUGCCGUGAAGAAAGGCAAAAGUACAGCUGCGUAUCCAACCGUGGUAGGCGCCAGCUUCUCGGAUCCAGUCAAACAAGACACUGAAGCUGCUCUGAGAAACGAAGCCGAAAGGCAAAAAAAUGCCGUGCUGGACAACCAAACCAAGCCUCCUCCAUACACAAGGGGCCGCAUCAAAAAUGAACGCCGAUUUACUCUUACCGACAAGAAACGAACCCUGUCCGAUGGCGACAGCCAAACUGAGGCCCUCAAGGCAGGCUCUGGAGUUUCGGCCACCAAGGCUGACUUGAAGCGCAAAAUCGAUUCCAGCAGUGGCAAAAGUCGCAAAAGAAUAAGAUCUUCGGAAGAGGAGAAGGAGCCGGAGAUGACUCUUCCAAAGACUGAGCCGGAUUCAGCUUCCCCAAGCGAGAAAAGUACUGAUACCAGUCGCACAAAUGCCGAUGAUACACUCAGCUCUGUAACUACUGAAAUGAGUACGGAUCUAUCUUUCCUAAGCGAGAACAGUAGUCUGUUGGAUGUGUCACCUAUUCCAACCGCUAGUGAGGGCACAUCUCUUGCUUCGCCAGUUGUUGAAAAAGAGUUUGCUGAUCUGCUCUGGCUUGACUCGUAUAUGAAGGACAUCGAGUCGCCUUUCAACUUGUAG